CGUGCGUCGCAUCGGCAGGACCGGAGGAAGAGCUGGUAUAAUAAAAAUCAAAUCUAAUAAACACCGUCUCACGCAAACAGUUAAGACGAGAUGGACGACGAAGAAGAAACAUACAGGCUAUGGAAAAUUCGUAAAACUAUCAUGCAGCUGUGCCAUGACAGAGGCUACUUAGUUACCCAGGACGAGUUGGACCAAACUCUUGAUGAGUUCAAGAGUCAGUUUGGAGACAAGCCUAGUGAAGGUCGCCCCAGGCGGACAGACCUCACUGUGCUUGUUGCACACAAUGAUGACCCCACUGACCAGAUGUUUGUUUUCUUUCCUGAGGAGCCGAAGGUUGGAAUCAAGACUAUCAAGAUGUACUGUCAGAGGAUGCAGGAAGAAAACAUCACAAGGGCCAUUAUUGUUGUUCAGAUGGGCAUGACACCAUCAGCCAAACAAUCUCUAGUUGACAUGGCUCCUAAAUACAUUCUGGAGCAGUUUCUACAACAGGAGCUGCUCAUCAACAUUACUGAACAUGAGCUUGUCCCAGAACACAUGGUCAUGACCAAAGAGGAGGUGACCGAGCUUUUGGCAAGAUAUAAACUAAAGGAGAGUCAGCUGCCAAGGAUCCAGGCUGGGGACCCUGUGGCUCGUUACUUUGGCCUGAAAAGAGGACAGGUAGUAAAGAUCAUCAGACCUAGUGAGACUGCUGGGCGGUACAUAACAUACAGACUGGUCCAGUGACAGCAAACAAGCUCAGAUGAGGUAUUAAAGGAACCCGAAGAUCUUACCUGUUUCGUCACCUGCCCAUGGAUUGUUUCUCCUAUUGAUCGUGCCCCCUCCCCCUUUAGUUCUUUGUCAGUUUUCUUAUGCAAUUACUUGUUUUGUAAAAUAAAGUCUUAAACCUGAAUUUAAUAUCGUCAGGUAUUGUUGUCACUAGGUGUUAGA